GGUGAUCCAUUAACAAAACUAACCACAAGCUUUCAUCAUAACAAUAACUGAAACAAACUUUCCUGAAAUUUCUCGACUUGAUCUUUUUACCAUGGUUGUAAUCGAGGGAUCUUUUCUUCCCUGGAUGCCAGAAAUACUCACAAUUUCCUUGCGUUUGCCUAAAUGUUUUAACGAUCUUUCCGCCACCAAAUGAAAGCUGCACCGUAUAAACAACACAUGUUCCUUUCGUAUAACCCGACGGCAACAUGCAAAUCAACAAGCAGCCUCGCCACCGACCAAAUAUGUUCUUUCGCACGCCAAGAAUAUUUGAAUUGAAUAUUUUAAAAGAAAAAAACCUUUCUUUCUUUUGGUAGGGUCGCAUUAGAGUUAUUCUUUUAUUAAUCCGAGCAAUGAAAAAGUGGGUUGGAGAAAGUUAUUAAGAAAUGUUCCAAAUUGAGAUAGGAAGUACAAAUGUUACAAGUUCAAGUCUUUAAUUGAUGGUGUUCACAUUCAAAGGUGCCAAAAAGUGCACGCGGGCGGCGAAACAAACUCGUUUACAUAUGUUGUGUCAACUUCCUUCACUACCCUGAACAACCUGACAAUCUAAGGGACUCUCGCAUUGCCUUCCAGACACUAUGGGCUGUUCGUCGUCUCUUGGCCCGCGAAAACCGGCACAUAUCUCAUUACCUCUAUCGGAGACUCAAAAAUCUCUUGUUCGAGAGACAUGGGAAACUGUAGAACAACAUAGAAACGCUGUUGGAAAGAAGACGUUUCUAAGAUUUUUCGAUUUAAAUCCCGACUACCAAAGAUUGUUCCCAGAGUUCAAAGACGUCGACCCGUCAGAACUUGAAAACACGAGUGCGCUGUAUGGUCACGCUAAACGCGUCAUGAAAGCUGUAGAGAAUGCUGUGUCCUCAUUGGAUGAUGCAGUUAGCUUUGCUGGUUACCUAGAGGAACUGGGAAGGAGGCAUAAGGCCCGUGCAUUGAAACCAGCGUACCUUGAUGCAAUGCAGGAAGCAUUAAUGUACGCUUUAAAAGAUCUGCUAAAAUCUCAGUGGACAAAGGAAACAGAGGAGGCCUGGAACAAACUUUUCCGCUUCAUAUCAAGUACUAUGGUCAAAGGACUGCAGUCCACGUAAAUUGAUUUUCCUUCACAAUACAAGAGCAUCACUUGACCUUAAAGACCAACAGCUCAACACCUCGCAUUAGCAAGAAAGCAGUUGACACUGAGAUUGACAAAGCAAUGCGAAAAUAACUGAAAUAGCUGUCUAUUUGUCAGCUCUUAAAUCCAUGAACAAAUUAACAUGCAAAACCGUAAGUUACACUGAUGCUUUUGAUAUCACCCGUCUAAAAUAAAUAUGUUCUUCGACAAAAAAAAAUAAUUUAAAGGGAGGCAUACCAAUUAAAUUCAAGUAUCUAGGUCUCUUGUUUCUAGAAUACCCGCAGGACAUCUUAAUUUUUACUAAGAGUGCGGCAAAUAAAAUGUACAUACCUUUUAGUUGGAGAAGAAAUUAUUCCUUUGAGAUUGGUUUCUUUCCCUAAAACAUUGGCUUAGAAUUAAAUGUUCUUAUCCAACUGUUUAGCCAGGUUAUAAAUCAACUUGAUUUCUCCCAUGUCCAAUUUUCCUUUAAAAUGAACGCCGAAAGCCGAUGCGACGACCCUAUCGUAGGAAAUUUGUGUCAAUAACGUUUUAAUUUGAAAUGUUGUUAUUUCAGCUACUGUCAUCCAACACAAUAUUAUUGGCUACAUUAAUUACAGAGUGAACGCUAUAACCAAGGACAAAUUUGAUUGGCUAAAAAUCCUUCCGCAACGGCAAUCGUUAAAAUUAAAGUGUGUUUUCAUAAAAGCCAACUUUUCUUUUCAAGUGACGCUCUACUCACCCACAUUAUGUUGGCUCCCUAUGAUAAUUGAGUAGAACGAAGAAUUGAUUAAAGGAGUUACGUCACUGUUUGCGCAUCUAAAAAGUUUAGCCUAAAUCUUUCAAGUUCGUCGUUUAACCCGUGUUAAACAUCCUUGUUACUUCAUGUUUUAUCAAAUUUUUUUUCUUGUUUUUUUUUUUGU